GGUAGGCUGUCAUUCUGCAAAAGCUGCUCAGCACAGGCUUUCCUCCGAAAAGCAGUGCCGUUCCUUUUGAGGAAGACUGAAUCUAAAUGUUGUCUCUGGAGAGAAGCAGCCUUCAGUAUGUUAAAUUACUUUCAUUAUGUAUUUUCAGAUGCCUAUUGAUUGCACAGUAGGAAGAGUGAGAGACUGCAGCAGCCUCUAAGCAGCACUACAUGUUCCAUACAUUAGGAGCACUGCUGAAACAAUGGCACAGCACAGACACAUAUUUUCAUUAAGGUCAUUUCUGAAGAGAUGUUUAUGACCCUCUUUCCCCAGUUCUCUACUAGCAAGUGUGCAAAAUGAAUCAACCAAAACUGGAAAUGCUUCAACUACAUCAAGAAUUUAUCAAAUCUUUAGCAGAGGGCCCACGCGGGCUAAUUCACUAUUUACAACUGACAACAUGAAGAAAGCAACUGAGCUUCUCCUGGCCGAUGGUAGCCACAGACUACAAGAUAUUCUUGUAACAUAUGAUUUUAAGACAUCAAGGGGUUAAACCAGAAAAUGCAUCUACAUUACUGCUGGAAUAUAACAGAUCACCAGUAUCCUAAGAAAUGCUACACAGAAUAAUCACAAAAAGGAAAAGACAUCACUGUGAAAGCCUGAAAACAAAAUGGUGAGCAUUUUUAAAGGGAGAGUUUAUCCUUUCGCAUACCACAACUGUGAAAGCUAGCAAUUCUUGAAGAAACCUCAAUUUCCAAAAAGGAGAAUGACACACUUUACUGAGAAGCAAAAUGAAGCUUUAGCAAGGGCUUUCUGCACUAACUCUUCAGAAAUUCAUUUCCAUUGAUGUGACUAAUGGAUUUUUCCAUCUGAGUUUUACGACCAAUUAUGUAUCCUCUUCUAAUGAAAACAAACCAAAUUAAAUAGCAGAUGGUUUUUAUCACAAGAACAUGGACUGGAUUUAUAAUAUAAAGCAAGUUAUGUGAUCAAGAAAUCAUUGCAAAAUAAUGAGGACGGCUGUAGGAACAGAUUUACAAUUGUAACAAAAGGAUGUCUAAAUACAUUUUAGAAGCUAGAAAGCUUGUGUUUCCUUUUUUGUUUUCACAUAUUCUGGAAAACAGAGACAAUACCAUAUAUUCCCUCAAAGGGAAAAGUAAUUCCUAUCAUCUAAGGAAGUUUCUACUGGUCACGACUUUUUAAGGCAAAGCAAACACAAAUAUUAUGUACUGUUCUUUAGAAAUCCAACAGCCAACUAAAUCUCAAUUCAUGCAGCUGAAGUACUGGAGAGAAAAAUGAGAGAAUUCCUACAAGUAUGAAAUAAAACACAGCUACUUCCUUGUUGUCAGGUAAAAAAUCUUAUCAAAAUAUGUCAAUGACAUCAUGUAUCAAUUUCUGAAAAACUGUCAUAGUGAGCCAAAAGGCCCAUGAGGCAACAGCAAACAGGUAGGUCAGAAGAUGCAUGCACCCCACCACACUGCUUAACCUUUCCAAAAGAAAAGAAUCUUGCUCCACAAGGAAAUGCAUUGUUCUUAAUUAUCAUCUAAGUUGACAUUUCCACUUUAUGUAAUUAUAAAGCUAAGUGAUGUGACAAAGACCUGAUGUUUAAUCUGUCCGUUCAGAAAACUUGGCACACUUCAAAUUUUCCAUUUUUAUAAGAUUCCAGUGUUAGCUAAGACCUUCACUUACUUGAAUAAAUAUGCCUCUAGUAAGACCUCACACCAGCUCAAAAGAAAUUUAAUGUUAUCAUUUGUGUUUCUGAAGUAUUAUCACCAAAAUAACAUGUCUAAAUAAAACUGUAUUAAAACUUGUCAAAGGAAAUAUCAAGUGAAAGAUUAACAUGGAUUUUAUAAUUUAUGUUUGAAUAUGGCUUUGCAAUUGAAAUGCUGUACCUGAAAUGUGAAAUAUAAUUUUUGUAUGAUUUCAUAUCUUAAUCUGAAUAUUCAGAUUACUGACAAUUUAGCCAGAAAAUUAGAUAUUUUUUACUAUUUAUUCUAAAGUCCUUUGUAUUAAAAUAUAGAUUUUCAUGAAUUAGCAAAAGAGCAUUUUAAUUUUCUUUAAAAUUAUUCACUGGGUGAUGUAUAUGAUGGUUUUACAAGUUAUGUGUACCUUAAAAGGUUCCUCAAAAAAUGGGCUUCACAUACUCUUUUUUCCCUACUUUUUUUAUUUGAAAAAUUUUGUUUAAGCAAAUAAAGUCAGCUGAUAAUUUCAAGCCUCUUCAAAAAAAUGGCUAUUUGUUAAUAUGAUAUUAAAUUUCAAUUUUCUCCCUCCACAAGAGGGUGUGAUUACAAAAUCAAUCAAUCAAUCACAGCAAUGAUGAGAGCUCUUUUACCAAGCUUUGUGGCUUUUUACUUUAUCAUAAUGUCCCUUCUCUUCCCAUUUUGUAUUUGCCAAUAGUAAAGUUCAGUGAGCAUUUUCAUCACAAUAUAUGAAAUACUUAUCAUUUGUUUAUUUCUGUAGAAAAUAAAGGGAAUAAUUCCAAAUAUCCCUAAACACAUCAGUGUGAAAUGAAUCAACAUGGAUAAAAUAGUUUUAAAAAGUGAGUGCUCUGUACCCUUCGUCAUUCUGAAAGAAACACUGUCCUGUUCAUUCGAAAUCUCAUGGGGAAAAUUCUAUCUACACUAACCAUCUAGAGCACAUUAAAAUAGUGUUUAUUUCCUAUUGACACAAUUAUUUUAAAAUGAAGUUUUAAGACACUGGGCAAAAAUUUAGUUUUGCAUACCGGUCUCAAACAAUAAGCCUGAAAACCCCAAAUAAUGUUUAUAGAAUAUCAAAUAAUUUUGCAUUAUGGGAGAAAAUCCCCAUAUAGCUAUUUCUUCAGGAGGAAAACACAAUUUCCUUUUAUAUUAAAACAAUGCAACCCUGAUGUUUUUUAAAUCUACAUUUUUCCAUUAAUGACUUAUAAACUUAAAAAUCAAGUACACAAGAAAAAAAAUUUGAAAGAAGACAUGUUUUAUACGUCAUUUAAACUGCCUAAUAUCAAAUAGUUUAUUCUAUUUCACUUUCUAGGGAAAAAACUGCUCCAAAAGAAUGUGUUUUUCUCCCACUCUGGAAAUCAACAUGCAGUCUGAAUCUAACAUUACAGUGCGAGAUGACAUUGAUGACAUCAACACCAAUAUGUACCAACCACUAUCAUAUCCAUUAAGCUUUCAAGUGUCUCUUACCGGAUUUCUUAUGUUAGAAAUUGUUUUGGGACUUGGCAGCAAUCUCACCGUACUGGUACUUUACUGCAUGAAAUCCAACUUAAUCAACUCUGUCAGUAACAUUAUUACAAUGAAUCUUCAUGUACUUGAUGUAAUAAUUUGUGUGGGAUGUAUUCCUCUAACUAUAGUUAUCCUUCUGCUUUCACUGGAGAGUAACACUGCUCUCAUCUGCUGUUUCCAUGAGGCCUGUGUAUCUUUUGCAAGUGUCUCAACAGCAAUCAACGUUUUUGCCAUCACUUUGGACAGAUAUGACAUUUCUGUAAAACCUGCAAACCGAAUUCUGACCAUGGGCAGAGCUGUAAUGUUGAUGAUAUCAAUUUGGAUAUUUUCUUUUUUCUCUUUCCUGAUUCCCUUUAUUGAGGUAAAUUUUUUUAGUCUUCAAAGUGGAAAUACAUGGGCCAACAAGACACUUCUGUGUGUCAGCACGAAUGAAUACUACACGGAACUGGGAAUGUAUUAUCAUCUACUAGUACAGAUCCCAAUAUUCUUCUUCACUGUUAUAGUAAUGUUAAUCACAUAUACCAAAAUUCUUCAGGCUCUUAACAUUCGAAUAGGCACAAGAUUUUCUACAGGACAGAAGAAGAAAACAAGAAAGAAAAAAACAAUUUCUUUAACCACACAACAUGAGACUACAGACAUGUCACAAAGCAGCGGUGGGAGAAAUGUAGUCUUUGGUGUAAGAACUUCAGUUUCUGUAAUAAUUGCCCUUCGGCGAGCUGUGAAACGACACCGUGAAAGAAGAGAGAGGCAAAAAAGAGUCUUCAAAAUGUCUUUAUUGAUUAUUUCUACAUUUCUUCUCUGCUGGACACCAAUUUCUGUUUUAAAUACCACCAUUUUAUGUGUAGGCCCAAGUGACCUUUUAGUAAAAUUAAGAUUGUGUUUUCUAGUCAUGGCUUAUGGGACAACCAUAUUUCACCCUCUAUUAUAUGCGUUCACUAGACAAAAAUUUCAAAAGGUCUUGAAAAGUAAAAUGAAAAAGCGAGUUGUUUCCAUAGUGGAAGCUGAUCCCAUGCCUAAUAAUGCUGUCAUACACAACUCUUGGAUCGAUCCUAAAAGAAACAAGAAAUUUACCUUUGAAGAUAGUGAAAUAAGAGAGAAAUGUUUGGUACCUCAGGUUGUUACAGACUAGGGAAAAGACUAAGUCUCACCAAAUUCACAUUCAGAAGAGUUUUAAAUUUAAAUUGUAAAAAGUGAAAUUACUGCCAAAUGCAAAACAUUUUAAGUACUGGUUAUGUUGUAAAUUUUCAAUGUGAAUGUCAAAUAGAUUAGGUCAUAUAUAUUCAAUUUUUUCAUUACUUAAUGUAUUUGUUGCAUGGCAGUUUGUUAAAGUAAUAUCACGUGCAUAUUUUGUCAGUAUUAUGUCCAUCAGAUAUUUAUGUAAGUCAGAUUUUCUAAAGAAUAAAUACAUAGCCUUAAUACUGUGUGUAACUUCAGAUGUAACUGGCACAUGUAUCCUUGCUUUUAUAUAUAUAUAUAUGUGUGUGUGUGUGUGUGUGUACUGUUUAUAACCAACAAACUAUAGAUACAUUUAUAUGAUGACAGCUAGGAUAGGAUUUCAUGUAAAAACAAAAUUAUGGGCUCAAAACCAUGCAGGAUUUUUUGGACCACUAUGUUUCCUGGUAUAGUAUACUUGCUAUAAUAUUUGAUGUAUCAAAACUAAUGAACUAUGGAUGAAAUCUUAUCAUUUCUUCUGAAUGUAGAAAAUCAUAAGAUUUAUCAGGAUGUUAAAAUUCAUGAACCAGAAAAAAAAAAAAAACAAAUAGCAAA